AUGCCUUUUGGCUUGAAGAAUGCUGGGGCUACUUACCAGAGGCUGAUAGAUAAAACCUUCCAACACCAGAUCGGGAGAAAUGUUGAAGCUUAUGUGGAUGACAUAGUCAUCAAAAGCCAUGAGGAGAAUGCCAUGAUAACUGAUAUCCAAGAAACUUUCAAUACAUUAAGGGGAAUAAAUAUGAAGCUUAAUCCUUCCAAGUGCAGCUUUGGAAUGGAAAAAGGUAAAUUCUUGGGUCACAUAGUGACUGUAAGAGGAAUAAAAGCUAACCCAAAAAAGAUUGAAGCAGUUGUAGAUAUGCCUUCCCCGAAAACAAAGAAGCAAGGAUGCUUAAGGAAACAAGAUUUUUCUUGGACAGAGGAAGCUGAAAAGGCAUUUCAAGACAUGAAGAAAUUUUUGGCUGACCUACCAACACUUACUACUCCUAUACCCGAGGAAACACUCACUCUUUACUUGGGUGCCUCCAAAGAAUGUGUAAGAGCUGUGUUGUUGGCAGAAAGAGGAAGUUCUCAGAUGCCCAUAUACUUCGUCAGUCGAGCAUUGAAAGACAAGCCCAUCAAGCAAGUCCUAUCAAAGCCUGAGGUGUCUGGCAGGCUAGCUAAGUGGGCAAUUGAACUUGGAGAACAUGAAAUAACAUUUCAAUCAAGAAAUGCAAAGAAAGGCCAAAUUUUGGCGGAUUUUCUAGCAGAAGUUGACGGGGAGGAGGAAGAAGUAAGCAAGGUGGAAGAAAACCCACCAUGGACUCUUUUUACAGAUGGAGCCUCAAGUGUUGGAGGAUCAGGAGCAGGUCUUAUCCUCAUUGACCCAGAAAAGAAGGAAUACACUUAUGCCCUUCGUUUUGACUUCCUAGCCUCAAAUAAUAAAGCUAAAUAUGAGGCCCUUCUAGCUGGUUUAAGAAUAGCAAGGAAAAUGGGGGUGGAAAAAAUCCAUGCCUACGUGGACUCCCAGUUAGUAGCAAACCAAAUAAAAGGAGCAUUUGAAGCAAGUCAAAAGACUAUGCAGCUUUAUUUGGAGGAAGCCAGAAAGAUUAUUUUUGAAUUCAAGAAAUUCAAUAUAGAACAGGUUCCUAGAAGCCAGAACAAGAAGGCAGACGCCUUAAGUAAGCUGACAUCUUUAACCUUUGCCCAUCUUACAAAGGAGGUGUUAGUGGAGGUGCUGGAAGAAAAAUCAAUAGUGCCAAAAAAGGAAGUCUCUCAAACUGAAGAAGCUGAAUGUUGGAUGACUCCAUUGUAUAACUUCAUCAAAGAUGGAACCCUCCCUGAAGAUAAAGAAAGUGCGAGGAAAACAAGGAUGAAAGCACCCAUGUAUCUGAUAAUGGAAGGAUCUUUGUUCAGAAAAUCCUUCCUUGGUCCCCAUCUUCGUUGUGUAGGUCCCUUGCAAGCGAAGGAGCUCAUCCAAGAAGUGCAUGGUGGAACAUGUGGCAUCCAUGCUGGACCAAGAUCAUGA